UGGAAUAUGGUUUCAUGCCUGCAUCAAUGUGUAGCGAUUUAAAUUGAUUUUAGUAAAAAAGCCAAUUAUUACGGAACGGAAAUAAAAUAAUAACUAAAAUGGAGUUGAGUGAUGUUAUAGUGAAUCAGCCCGUCGUAAUAGACAACGGCUCCGGCGUUAUAAAGGCGGGCUUCGCUGGUGAUCAGAUACCGAAAUGUCGUUUCCCGAACUAUAUUGGUCGUCCGAAGCACACAAGAGUGAUGGCAGGAGCGCUAGAAGGCGAGAUCUUCGUUGGUCCUCGUGCAGAAGAGCAUCGCGGUCUUCUCAGCAUCAAAUACCCAAUGGAACACGGAAUAGUUACAGACUGGAACGACAUGGAAAAGAUUUGGAAUUAUAUUUACAGUAAGGACCAGCUAUCUACUUUCUCAGAAGAACACCCGGUGCUGUUGACAGAAGCACCUCUAAACCCUCGCAGGAAUAGAGAAAAAUCCGCCGAAGUAUUCUUUGAGACAUUCAAUGUACCGGCAUUAUUUCUUUCAAUGCAGGCCGUUCUCAGUUUGUAUGCAACAGGUCGUACCACGGGUGCUGUACUGGACUCCGGCGAUGGAGUGACGCACGCCGUCCCCAUAUACGAGGGGUUCGCGAUGCCGCACAGCAUCAUGAGGGUCGACGUGGCCGGGCGUGACGUCACCAAGUACCUUAGACUUCUGCUCCGCAAAGAGGGAGUGAACCUCAGGACGUCCGCCGAGCUGGAGAUCGUCAAGUCGAUCAAGGAGCGGGCGUGCUACCUGUCUCCGAACCCUCUGAAAGAAGAGACCUUGGAGAAUGAAAGGGCUCAAUACGUUCUCCCUGAUGGAACACAACUUGAGAUUGGCCCGGCCCGGUUCCGAGCUCCCGAAGUGCUCUUCAGACCGGACCUGAUCGGUGAGGAGUGCGAAGGUCUUCAUGAGGUGUUAAUGUUUUCAAUUCACAAGUCAGACAUGGACCUAAGGAAGGUCCUCUACCAGAACAUAGUCCUCAGCGGGGGCUCCACGUUGUUCCGGGGGUUCGGGGACAGGCUCUUGCACGAGAUCCGGAGACUGGCGCCUAAGGAUAUGAAGAUCAGGAUCUCGGCCCCCCAGGAGCGCCUGUAUUCCACGUGGAUCGGAGGCUCGAUCCUCGCGUCUCUGGACACCUUCCGCAAGAUGUGGGUCUCCAAGAGAGAGUAUGAUGAGGAGGGUCACAGGGCCGUCCACAGAAAGACAUUCUAGAACGUUCCACAAAGACCUCUAGAUUCUCAUCCGAAAUGCUCUUAAGUUUUGUGAACGGCGUUUCAACAUCAAAUAAACGCUAAAAAAUAAUAAUAAACUAUCUAAAAUAUUAUAAAAAUUAAUGCUUUAUUUAUUAUGCAACGGAAGUUUCUAGAAGCAAAUUUCCCUGUUCGCUUGAUCUCGCUUGGACGUUAUCCGAAUCAACCGACCUUACCUUAUAAUGUCCGGGAUGUUUCUAGAUCACGCUUAGUUAUCUAGAACUUUCUAGAUGCGAAUGGCUGCUUAAAUCGUAAACGCGCUGAAGGAUCUUCCCGUAACGAUAAAUCGCUCAACAUAUUUCAUUAAACAUUAAUUCUAGAAGAA